GAAGCCAGGAGUGCCGGAGCUGGUUCAUCCAACUCCCUGUCUUGCAGUUUCCUCCCAACACAGUUGAACUCCAGACCUUGAGAAUUAUUUGUUGUUCUUUUUCCUAAGGGGGUGUUUAUGUUCUUAGAGAUGGAAAGCUUAACAGAAGGGGGAACAACUGGAGAAAUGACAGGGGAUGUACACCACUGGAAAUGAGAAGGAUAUUGGAACAGAACAAUGCAUUGGAUUUUAUGUUGUUUUGUGGCAGUAGGUGCUGAACCAGUUUAACAUGACUCACAGAUCACAAGUGCCAAAGAGCAGAACUGAUAAUCAUUUGAGCAUAAAGGACUCAGAGUCCCUUGAUACCUACAUUCAGAACACCCUUUCAGCUCUCUACCCACCAUUUGAAGCCACUGCAGCCACUGUCUUGUGGCAGCUAUUCCAUUUGGUGGAAAGGUCUUAUCGAGGGGACGGACUCCACUGCCUGAUUGACUUCCUCGUUCCUGCCAAGAGAAUCCUGCAGUACAUUCAACAGGAGACAUGCGCCAAGUAUGCAGGGCACAUCUUCCAUCAUGAAGGCUGGCCUCUCUGUGUCCAUGAGAAAAUAGUGGUGCAGUUAGCAUCAUUGCACAGGGUUCGUCUGAAGUCUGGAGAUUUUUACAUACAGAUUAUACCACAAGGGAACCAAUCUGCAAAAUUAGUGCUAAAAUGUCUUCCUGGAAAUGGACACUCCUUAGAAGAAGUUCCUGUCCCCGAGUGUGCCUAUGCAAACAUCUUCACCAUGGAAUUUCUAGAAAGUGUAAAUCAUGAGAGGAACUGCCCCCUGCGCACUUGUCUUCUAACAAGUGGCACUGCUGUUCUGAGAGUACAUUGGAGGAAUAUAAUUAAUCCUGCAUUUGUUACCAAGCCAAAAACCAUACUGACCCAAUCUUACCACAGUUUAGUUCACCAUGACCAGUUGAUAGAUACCAGCGAAAUGAUGCCUCAAAAAACAGAAAACAGCAAGUCCCCAGACCAUUACCUGACUGGCGAUGCAAUGCUGUCUUCGGAGAAAUCAGCAAUUUUGGAAGAUAAAAUUACCUGUGGGACUCAUUCAUCAGGGAGCAUCCAGUCUUUCAAAAGCGGCGUCACACAGGAUCCUUCCAAACGAUUUAAUCAAGGAAAUUGUUUGUUGUUUCCACAAAACCCUGAUGAUACUGAAGUAUCUCCUUUACCCGAUUUAGUUCGACCUUUAUCCGCAGAUACUCCAACAGCUAAUGGCGAAGUUCUGGUGGUUCCUGUGACUGAGAGCAGGAUGAGUACAAAAGUUUUAACCUUUGCCACAGACCUAAGCAGUCCUUGCCAACGGCAGAGGCAACACCGGGAUUCAGUGUAUCUCGAAACAAGGCGCCUUUUCAGGAAGUCAUACAUGGAGGCUUUGCAGAACCCAAUGCAACUGGGCUUCAGUUCUGAGGAGUCUAUUGUUGAGGAAGCCAUGGAACAUAAAACUGAAGUGAUCAGUAAUGGAAAGCUGAGGUUACAUACGAACAGAGCUGGUGAGAAACAGAACCGUAAGCAUGACCUACGGGCUAAAGGAAGGAAUGAGGAAACCAGAACCAGCCAGCAAAGUCAAGACCAAAAUGUGCCUGUGACACUUGCAGAGCAUUGUUCUGCCUCUGACAGUAAAACCUGCCGCAGGAGAUCCAAGUCCUUGGAUUUGACCUCCAAGAGUUUGCAGAGCAAAGCACUAAGGACGAGAUUCUCUUCUGGGGAUUGCUCAAAAAAUCCCAAAAAAGUAAUAAAUGGAAACUCAGGGGAGCUAGGGAGACAGGAGUCUGAUGGGUGUUUGGCCAACACCAAAAGUGGGUCCACUUCUCCAGGUUCCUUCCAGAGCUGUGCGGUUGAGAUGCAGAGGAGGAGCAGCUGCCAAGCAGUUUUCAACAAUACGUGGGAAGACACAGAGAUUCCUCCUCCAGCACCUUGCCCUCAAGCCUCACUGCAGGCCCAGGGUUCCACCCAAGCCUGCAACAGCCUCCCAACAAAGGCCGCAGAGGUCAACGUCAACUUACUGCAAUCGGGAGUCGCCCAGUUACCAGGGAACAGAGACAAAACUAAUCGAGCUGUGAUCCAGAUCUGCGCGCACAACGUAAUAUGGAUGAGCCAAAACUGGCCCAGCACAGAGCUGACCCGUAUACUCAUGUAUUACUACACUAUUCCAAGGAAGGAAGUGCGUGAGCUUGGACUGACCAUAUUAGUGGAUGCUCGCAGAUGUUCUCCCACCCUUACCCUCUUCAGAGCAUUUACUGCACUGCAGGUUGCCAUUCCAAAUGCCAUUAACUCUGUCCUGAUUUUGGUGGAAAAAGACUCUACAUUCAGACCUGAAAGGGACCCAUGUGUCCAGUAUGAAAUAGUGUCGUCGCUGAAGGUCCUUCACAAGCACAUUGAUGGCAGCCAACUGACACAGGAAUUUUCUGGAACGUUUCCUUAUGAUCACAAUGAUUGGAUUCGCUUCCACAUGAAGUUGGAGCCAUUUAUGAUGAACUGUCGAGGGGCUCUCAUAUACCUGAAGAAUUUCAUCAACAGUCUGAAUGUCAACAGAAUGCCGAGCACAGAACAGGAAGUUACUGAGCUCAUCAACCAACAUACAAGGAUAAUGAAGUCUGUCCUCGAGGAUUCUCGGCUAGUGGGCUUGCGUCUGGAAGGUGGGACUAUCCUUGCUCGGAUUAGGAAGGAUGAAUUCUCUGACACUGAUGACUACAGGGAUGCCAUGGAUACCAUCACAAUGCUGUACAAUCAGGUGGAUGAAGAGGUCCAUAGGUUAGUCAUACUGACCAACAAGUGCCUACAGCAGCUGGAGAUCCUACUGCAGCUCAGAAGAUUCGAGGAAGGAAGUAGCAAGAUCAGACACUGGGCUGACUGCGAGAGAGAAAAAUAUCUUGUGCAGGUGGACUCUUUGCCACAUUCACUGGAAUCUCUAAGACAAAUGCAGGAAAAAUAUAAUUCCUUCUACAGCCAGGCUGCGCAACAAUACAAAAGGGGCAUGCAAUUGAUCAAGGAUGCUGGCCAUCUAAACGGUCAAACACACAAAGAGCUGCGAUACUUGGGUGAAAAAAUCGAGGAUUUCAAGCAGUUUUUGAGUAACUUCAUCAACAGGCUGGAAAAGUGGAGGACAGAUUUGGACAACAUAGUGAAUUUGCAUGAAUUUUAUGAGACAGCUGACCAGUGGGUUUUGCACUGCAAUGAUUAUCUAAGGCAGUUGAAAGUGGACGAGCAAAGCACCUUAGACUGUACCACAGCUGUGAUUCAGAGCUUGGAAAGAUACCACCAGGAUGCUAUCAAGUUCAAUGCAGAAAAUUUCCAGGAGAUGAACGAGAUGGUCCUUAGCCUCGGCAGCGCUAGAGAAUUGAAACAGUGGAACAUCCAGUGGGUGAAGUGCCAACAAACAAGGCAUCUUUUGGAAGAGGUCUUGGCCACGGCUAUCAGAAUCCAUGAGGGCCACAGCAACAACUUGGCCACUAAAGUAGACUCUGAGGAUGACGGUCCCCGGACCAGCGGUGAGUUUGACACGGAAGGAUCUGAUGAGCUUGGAGACUCUUUGUCUCAAAGAGCCACAGAGAAUAUGGAGAAUGGCACAUGGCCUGAUGAGUCAGUGCAUCAUCAGGAACACGAUCAGGUUUUUGUGGCAUCAGAAUGCCCUGCUCCGUCACAUUAUGAAGAGUCCCGCCAAAGUGUCGACGCAUCGUCUAGGUUCAGCACGACCUCUCUAUCCUCAAUUCCAGCUGGUGGCAGGCUAUGCGGCGGCAGCAUCUUCUACAAAGAUCUCGACAACUGCGCCGUGAGUUCGUCUGCUGCAUCCUGCCACUCGGAGCCUGCCUGCUCGCUGGCACCUCGGCACAAAAAGCAGCCGUUGAAAAAGAUCAUGAAGAAGGCCCAGAGCUUUGAGUUGUGGCAGCGGGAGAGUAGCCACGUUGAAGCUGGCAGGCACGGCAACACCGGAGUUUACAUCAAAGGCUUGGAGGUGGUCAGUAAUGUAGUGGCUGACAAAAAUCGGGUUUUCAGAUCAGAGCUAAAAAGCCCGGUGUUGACCAGGACCCGCAGCUUACCGAUAUCUUCCAGGAUGCUCCAUCCACAUGCAGAAGAAGCUAAGCGAACUGGGAGUAAGCUGCAGCAUAUAAUGGAUGAAAUGAUCAGCACAGAAAGGGAGUAUGUCAAAUCCCUUGGAUAUAUCAUAGACCAUUACUUUCCAGAGAUGGAGAGACUGGACCUGCCCCAGGAUCUGCGUGGAAAGCGCACUAUCAUAUUUGGGAACCUGGAGAAGCUCUAUGAUUUUCAUCGCCAGUACUUUCUGAAGGAACUCGAGAACUGCACCAACGGUCCCCUUCAAGUCAGUCACUGCUUCCUCAAGCAUGAAGAGCAAUUCGGGAUGUAUGCACUGUACAGCAAGAACAAACCCCAGUCUGACGCUCUCCUUGCCAGUUAUGGAAAUACUUUCUUUAAAAAUAAGCAGAUGUCACUGGGUGAUAAGAUGGACCUGGCCUCCUACUUACUGAAACCCAUCCAGCGGAUGAGCAAGUAUGCACUGCUGCUCAAGGAUAUGAUCAAACAGUGUUCCAAAACCCAGGAACAGGAGCUCUCUGAUCUCCAAGCUGCUGAAGAAAUGGUUAAGUUUCAGCUACGUCAUGGAAAUGACUUGCUAGCCAUGGAUGCCAUUCGUGGAUGUGACGUGAAUCUCAAAGAGCAAGGACAGCUUAUGUGUCAAGAAGAAUUUAUUGUUUGGUGUGGGCGCAAGAAGUAUCUCAGGCAUAUCUUCCUGUUUGAGGACCUUAUUCUCUUCAGCAAAACAAAAAAGAUUGAAGGAGGAUAUGAUGUCUAUGUUUACAAGCAAUCGUUUAAGACUGCAGAAAUUGGAAUGACUGAGAACGUUGGGGAUAGUGGGCUGCGUUUUGAGAUCUGGUUCAGAAGGAGGAAAUCUCAAGACACAUAUAUCUUUCAGGCCAGCUCUUCCGAGGUCAAAUUAACCUGGACCAAUGUUAUAGGAAAAAUCCUGUGGCGACAAGCUCUGAGAAACCGAGAGCUGAGAAUGCAGGAGAUGGUAUCCAUGGGAAUAGGGAAUAAGCCCUUUAUGGACAUCAAGCCCAGUGAAGCUGCCAUUAGUGACCGGGCAAUUGACUACAUCAUGAAGGGCACAGAAUCCAGAACGCGAGCAUCCAUCGCUGUGUCUUCAUUUGACCACUCCACAUCCUUCAAGAGGCCCCAUUCGACCAUCUCCAACAGCAGCACCUCCUCUUCGAGCAGUCAGUCAUCUUCUUCCAUCCUGGGAACUCUCAACCUUCACAUGUACUCAAGCCCAACACAUUCCAAUCCUCAUUGGACCCCUUUCAACCAAUGGUCUUAUGACAUUGGAACCUGCAUCGAAGAAGACGAAGUGGAGCAAGAGACUGGAAGUCAACCAUCAAUGACUGUAAACAGAAUGAGCCAUGGACCAUCUUACCGACCCAGUGAAGAAGUCAGAUUCAACUGCAGGGUGUUAGUACCCUCAAACUGCUCUCUCUUGUUUUGAUGGGGAUCACUCAGCCACCCUAUACAGGAACAGAAAUUGUAGCCUGGAAAUCUGAAAAAAGAAGAGCAGAAUCAUUCAACCACCUUACAAGGAGACUGCAAUCAUGGGACAUUUCACCUUUAUAUUGAAAGUGGACAUUAAUGACAAACUAAAUGAGAAGUAAUGAUAGUAUAUGUACAUACAUUUAAUAAUGGUUAGCAUUUUUUUUACAGCUCGCCUUUCAUUUUUUGUACUGCAUUCUGUAAAUAACAAGGUGCCUUCUCUGCAUGACAUAUUUUCUUGUGCAAUGUAUGGUGGUUGUAGCUUUGAAACUGCAAAAUUGUAAUUGUAGAUUAAGUCAUCACUGCAGCUAGUGUACAAAUCAAAUUGUGUAGCAGCAUUUGUACUUGUGUAAAUAUUUAUUUUUAUUGCUAGUUUUUUUUUUCUUCCAAAAUCAUGUCCAAUAUAUCUAUGUUCUUCUUGGGCAUCAAGAAUAAUGUGAUCAAGAAAUAUGAUACAAAAUUUGACUCUUUUAUUCAUUAUGUUUGUCUCAGCGGGAAAUUGACGUAUUAUUUGAAUUGAGCCAAUUAUAUUUUGUACACUUUUGACUGGAGAUGGCUGCAAUGAAGUUUCUUUCAAUAGCAGUUACCUCCAUUAUAAUCAAAUCUGACCAUCUGAAAAGAUCAGAUAUCAACAUUUAUUCAAUGAGCCAGCAGAUCAGGAAGCAAGCUACAAAUAUUUUUUGACUGCUGGAAUUGUAUCAUUUGCUUCUGAUCCACUCGCUAAUGACUUACUGUACAUGUCCUUGUGUGUUUAUGCACCAAGUCUCCAAUGCCAUUAAAAACCUUGAACCA